AUGAGGUCUUUUUCGACUAUCGUCUCGCACCUCCAUGUUGUAUUUGAUACAUCUGAACCAAUAAUCACGACAAAGACGGUUGCGGAAUCGGAUGUACCAACUCGAGCAGAACCGGAUAUAAUAGAACAAGAGGAGGAAGAUGUGUUGGAAAUGGUGGAACUGCGCGAUAUUCGCAGACGUAUCACUGAUAAUGAUGUGAUCAUUGAUCCUCCUUUAAGAUCCAGAGGUGACCGGCGUCGAGUGCGCAUUGAAAAUGACCUUCAAGAAAUGCCUAGCGUGAACAAAACUGUUGCGGUUGUACAGAAAAGAAGCGGACUUGAGGAUGAUAGUGAUGAAGAUACAAAGGACAAAGUUGUCGAAGUGCAAGACAUAGCCAUUGUUGAAGAAGCGCCGAAUAAUGAUAGCGAAAUAGAGCUGUCUGUUGAUGGAAGUCAUGUAGGCACUUCUGUGAAGAGAAGACUUUCUUCCGCAAUGUCACGGAAAAUGUCAGAGCCAGUAAUGACGCUGGAAGGGAAAUUUGAACAACAUUCGUCAGAUGUAGCGCUGAACUCACGAGUUCGUCGUGCGCAUUCAUCAUUUGAGUCAUCAACCAGCCAUCGUGACAAGGGCAUGCUUAGCCAGUCAAGCUUAGAUCAAGCGAGACAGAAUACGCACAAAUCGUAUCCUUCCAAGAUGAGUAGUGCGGAGGAGUUUCAGACAGACGUGAAAGCUGAUUCAACUUCUUCAUCUUCAAAGUCUAUAGAAUCGCAGAGUGCUCAUGGUUCAGAUGUUGGCGAAACUGAAGCCAAAGAAAGUGACGAAAUUCAAUGCGAGGAAGUAGAUCAGCCAUCGACUAGCAAGGGCUUUCGAGAGAAAGAGAGUUUAUAUGAGAUUGCCGCAAAUGAGGAGAGCGGACCGAAGCGCAGGAAGUCCAAAAUUACGAAAAUAGUCGAUGAUUCUCCACCGUCAACAUCAGGAUGGUAUCCUGUUGUUGUCUCUCUUGGCGACACCGACCGCCCUCGAUCAACAUCUAUCAGCAAAGCUCCCGACGAUAGAGCAUCAGGAGCUGAUAUCAAAGUGGAAAUCACCAAGUUUUUGGAAGAGCUGAUAGAGAAACAUCCGGAAACGUUGGAUGUUAUCGAAAAUGUUCGUCAGAGUAGACUUGGAAGAAGCUCCGCAUCGCACCGUGUUCCGCAAAUGUUAAGAGCGCCGACGAGACGACGAUCGUCUUCAUCAUCUGUGGUAGCGCUGUCGGACAUGGCGUUGAAGGAUGGUACCCACGUUGCUGCAGGUCACGAAGACACAUCUCAAGGAGCUGUACACUCUUUUCAAGAUGCUGAUGGAAUGUGGUGGACGUACGCUUUUGAUGAGCACGGGGUCGGAACUGCACAGCCUCUUGGCUCCGGACGUGCCCUUAUGGAGCUGCUGCAAAGCACUCAGGAUCCACCCUUAGGAAGGAACCGCUUGGAUGUUUUGCCCGAAUCUGCUUAUGCGAGUAGUGAAGAAGAAAAUGAACCAUGCUCGUCUCAGGGUGCCAAUGCACAAGGAAUGGGGAUGGGAAGCGCCAGGCGUGAACGAGCUCUAUCUUCGUCCAGUAACGAGAGUUAUACCUACAUUCCUCAAUUACCGACAACUGUCUUCCAUGCACCUACGGGAACGGGAGCAAGCAGGGCAAGACAUCAAAUGGUAUCGUUCGCAAAUGUGGCAUCGAGACUGCGGGCUGCUGUGCGUCAAACAGACGGUUUAGCAAUAGGAGGACCCGAUGGGACAGAUGUGACAUCAAAUCAGUUUGCAAGAAGUAUCUUAGAACGCCGAGAAGGACGAGCAAGAGUGGAUAGCGCACCACCUUCCUAUCAGGACGCUUUUCUCACACGGUUGGAUUCGGGCUCUUCCACAGGAGCUGGCAUGUCAUCCAGAUUCCGUUUUCUAUCUGAACUUGGUCUAGCUGUGCUUCCAACAGGUGGUACAAAUGCAGCAGCACUCUCAGUUGACUAUUCUGCGCCACCUACUCGACGUACAUCAACGGUAAAGAAGAGCUACUACUACAAGAUGAAGAUGUUUCCGAAGACGAAUAAGAGUUUCAAACUUAAGUUGGAUCGGCUGUCAGUAUCUGCGUUGUUCGAUAGGAACCACUCUGCUUGGUCUUGCGCAUUUGAUGUUCUUUUGGCUUGUACAGUAUCAUUUCUCGCUGGCCUGGUACUAGCUACUGGCAUCUACUUCGACAUUUGGUUAUUCUUGCUCGCCUUCACAGUUGCUGGUGCCCAUUUCUCUCUUCUCAAAAGCGUCCAGCCGGAUGCAUCAUCACCUAUUCAUGGUUUCAACUGGCUCGUCGCCUACAGUCGUCCCGUCUACUUUUGCAUUCUGGCGGUCAUAGUUUUAGUGCUGCAUCAUUUUUGUGAUGACCCAAACUAUGAUAAAAUCCCAUGGAACUGGAAUCCAUACAGGCUGUAUGAGACCUCGGGAGAGAUGGUGCUUUUAGCAGUUCGUGACCUUUUUGCUACAUUUUUAGUAAUGCUACCAUUUGCUUUCACGAUGGGUUGGCUUCCGCAGGUUAACACACUUAUGCAUCAUGUACUAGAACAGCUUGAGAUGCAUAUAUUCGGAGGGACUGCUUCUCUGGGUGUAGUGAGCGCUCUCGUGCAGAUUCUAAAAAGCCUUGCCGCCUGGGCUAUUCUUGGAGUAUUGUGUCAUUUGGCCUAUUCCAUCGACUCUACUACUACACAAACUCCUGCAUUUUCUGCUUUUCUCUCUGCUGCUGUCGCGAUCUCAUAUUUGCUUAGCAGGUUUUCGUCCAAUCCACAGUUGUCUAUAAUCUUGCUUCGAGCCGUAUGUCCGUCUGUAGGAACUCCUAGUAACUCUGAUAGUACCAGUCGCUUAUGCUGCGCUGCGUCUUCAGAACAAGAAGAGGAUGAGAGGGUGAAAGAUCUGGAUGAACUAGAUGUUUCGGACCCCUUACCUGGACGUCUAAAGAAUGCUGUAGUACUGCGAGCAAGACAUGACAUGCUGUUUUCGGGUUUUUUGUCACUGCUCGUCUUUGCUUUGCAUUCUACUUCUUUGUUUACAGCUACGCAGCCUUACUUUGCUAUUGUCAUUGUUCCUGUGUGCGUCGCGUUUGGUAUUUUGAACCACUACAUUUAUGAGCAGUUAAGAACGCACACACCUUGGAAGCUGAUCGCAAAGCCUAUACUUCACUCAAGAGAGUACACGCAAUAUGAAAGUCCUGAAGAAGCCAAACUCAUGAAUUUCGAGAUCAUACAUGUCUGGAUGCUAGCGCUUGAGAAGAAUCUGCUCUAUCCCUUGGUGGCUAUGGCUGUUUUAACGGAGUGUGGAUGGUACCUUCCCUGGGCAAGAUUCAUAGCCCCUCUCAUUGUGCUUCGCUUCCUGCGUGGUGGCUUCUCCCAUCCGCAGCUGAUCUAUGUUCCCUUGGCCCUCGCGUUCACCCUGACUCGUUUUGACUGGAAGACAGGAUUACCGUUUGGAAUCUCUAAUGAGAUUUCGCCUGCUACGGUAUUUCCUCUAGUUUUGUACCUUCUCAUCGUUCUGUAUCCUAAAUGGCUUGAGCUCUAUUUAAAAAUGAGCUUUGUUAUGGCAUACGUGGCACCUUGGCAAAUCAGCUGGGGAUCGGCAUUUCACGCUUUUGCUCAGCCAUUUUCCAUACCACACUCCGCUCUUAUAUGGACGCAGACCGUUGUCUCGAGUCUGAUCAGCGCACCUCUCAAUCCAUUCUUAGGCUCCUCCUUCUUCACUACAUCUUAUGUCCGUCCAGUAAAGUUCUGGGAGCGAGACUAUAACACGAAGCGCAGCGAUGCAUCAAACACAACUCUUGCUUCGCAGAUUGAUCGCGGACCGAUGUUGGAUGAUAGCAAUCUGAAUGCGGUGUUCUACGAGCACCUGACAAGAAGUCUGCAAAAAAGCUUGGCUGGUGAUUUGCAAAUGGGUAGAUGGGCAACGAGUGUUCAACCGGGUGAUUGCUUCAUUCUGGCUAGCUUCUAUCUCAACUGUCUUGUACACAUAAUCGAAGUCGGAAACGGUUUUGUCACUUUUCAACUGCGUGGGCUUGAAUUUCGUGGCACCUACUGCCAUCAAAGAGAGGUUGAAGCGAUCUCGGAUGAUCAAACGCAAGGGACUGGAUGCUGUUGUUGUGCUCCUGGCUCCUUACCUGGGUUUCUGUCGCUGAACACUGCGUGGAGCCUACGCUGGUUAGCAUGGGAGGUAGUUACCGGGAAGUACAUCAUCGACGGUUACUCAAUCACCGACAACUCAGCUGUGAACUUGCUACAAGUGCAUGAACUUCGACGUUUUCUCGUAACCCUCUAUGUGAAAUGCAUAGUGUAUUAUGCACUCGCUUCGAACAAACUCCAGAGUUGGCUGUCCAAUGAGACCGUGCAUGCUACCUUAGAACCAAUAGUAACGAAUCCACACUAUGCAGAUGUAGAUCAUUUGUUCUGUUCGACAAACGAUGAAGAUUUUGAUAUGAACAAAAUGGGUAUCUCUCGGAGCAGUUUCACUGAAUGGUAUUCCUUAUGGAUCGCACAUUGCAUACAUAAGCGAAGCGAACGAAAUCCGGACGAAGAGCUAGAUUCCGAUUACAUCACUAGCCUAUGCUUCGUGCUAUCCCUUCUUGGCCGACGAGCUCUUGGCGCAGCGUCGUACAAUCGGCAUUCUGAUGCUGCUGAGUCAUUCUUGUGCGGAUUACAUGCAUUGUUUAAGGGCGACUUCAGGAUCACAUGUCAGCGUGACGAAUGGGUGUUCGCUGACAUGGAUUUAUUACGAUGCGUCAUCUCACCUGCAGUCAAGAUGGCAUUGAAACUACAUCAAGAUCAUUUUGUUGCACCUGAUGAUUUUGACGACCCGGAGUCCCUAUACGAUCUCAUCGCUGAUCAUCAGACCAAGCUUUUCAUCUCACACGAACACGAUCCUGCAUGGCGCCGUGCUAUAAUUGCGAAUACUCCGUCUUUGUUAGCCCUGAGGCACGUUUAUGACGAAGGCCAAGAUGAUUACAAGAUCAUCAUGUUAAAUAGGAUGCAUCUAAACAUGAGGGUGAUCAAGUUGAAUCGGGAAUGUGUGAGGGCUUUUUGGGCUGGACAGCAGCAGGAAUUGAUUUUCUUGAGGAAUAGAAAUCCUGAAAGAGGAAGUAUUCAGAAUGCCAGACAAGUUUUGAGGAACAUGAUCAACAGUUCGGCUGAUCAGCCGGUUGGAUAUCCUAUUUAUGUCUCACCUCUGACAACUUCGUUUGCUGAAACACAUGCUCAGAUGGAACGUAUAGUAGGGCCACCGAUCACGAUUGAGGGCAUCGGCUCAGCCAUAAGAAAAGCAUGGACCGCCCUACGUGCUCAUUUCGGACCAUCUGGCAGUUCUUCAUUGAGGCUGCAAGGAGGCUGUGGUGCAAAUGUGCCUCCAAUAGCUCUACAGACCUUGACUGCAGUCCAGUCACAACAGAAGCAAACGGGCAGUGCUGAAGUUGACGAAAGAGGCAGCACUACAUCGGCUCACGUGGAGAAUUCCAUUGUUCACAUGACUCCAGAUGGAAGUGCUAGGGUAAUGUUAGCCAGAAGAGUUGGUGGAAGCGGUGAUACCCCUCCAGCUAUAAGCAAAUAUUCAUCGACGGAUUCGGUGCCACAAGGUGCUGCGAAAAGAAUAAGCACGGAGAGGAAGACGGAAGAGAAGGAAAGCGUUGAGGAAGAAGAUGUGGAAGAGGCUAAAGAUUUAGGAAUUUGGGUACGAAUCACGGAUCCGGAACAGGUUUUCCGCUAUCUUAAUGAGCCGCUCAAAUCCACUGGGGAGCCGUUGGUUGUGUGGCCGAGUGAGGAAAUACGACAGAUCAGUGGUCGGAACUGCUGGUAUAUCCAACCGAUGGAAGGAUUUACGGGACGAGUAAUGUUCACAUGGCAUCCAAACCAUCCUAAUAGGAAACUACGCAGCCAUAUAGGAGACGCUAUAUAUCUAGUCGCAUUCCCUGAGAUAGCCUCUGCGCUUGUUCCAGUUAGUGAAAAAGGGUGCACAAUUGUCAGUCCUGAUCAGCCUGUUGAAUUUCAAGGAGACGCAAGAAAAACGGAGUACCUGCAGUUUGUGAAGAAGAUCCAAAGCAAGUUGGAGGUUUUGUAG